AUGGAUCCCAAAGAGAAAUUCUAUCGCCACUUUCGCGAUUCCGUCGAAGGUCUGCAAGAUCAGAUUGGCCAAUUGACUCAUAUGUCUGGGAUCGGAGGCGAACGACAAGAAGCUACAGACCACAUCCUCGCUGGUAUCAGCAAGCUUCAGAACGAAGUUGCUGAUGCUGCCGAAUUCACUCCUGCAUACGAUCGGCGCCAAUACUCAGAAGCCAUCAAAAGCGUGCAAGACAAGCUCAACGAAACACUGGCCAAAGUAGCUCCGAAGUCACGGUUUCAAUUUAGACGCACGGGUACCGACCACGUUGACAUGGGCGCUCCAGAGAACGACCCGCGAUUGAAUCCUGGCAGCUUAUCCCGACGCCCGCAUAACCCACAUGACGCACCAGGAGCGACGAGAGACAUUUCCGGUGAAGCUGAAGAUAUCGUAGGAGAUCUGCCAUCCAAGCAAAAAGACUAUAACCAAGAGCUGGCCAAGCCAGACCUUUCAUCGAUCCGCAAACCAAGUUUCUCUGCCGCUCAAAGCAUUGGCAUCUCCGAUCAGACCGGUCUCCAUAUCAUACUUCCGUCGUCGGCCGCGCGAGCUACCUCAUCAGGUUCGCUUCGGGAUCUCAAGAAUUGUGUUAUUGACCUUUCAAUACCCACGGCCCAAGGAGCACCAUUCCCCGGCCUUAUGCUUAAAAAUGUCGAUAGAUGCCUUAUUGUGACUGGUCGUGUUAGUGGUCCUGUACACAUCAAUGAUGUGUCUAAUAGUACCCUGGUCGUUAUUGCGCGGCAAGUCCGCAUUCAUAACUGCAAAAAUGUCGACAUCUAUCUGCAUUGCGCCAGUCACCCGAUUAUCGAAGACUGCUCGGGCAUGCGUUUUGCCCCUCUUCCGUCUUGCUAUCUGACGGAAGCUGAUGAAUCGACCGAGAACCAGUGGGACCAGGUUGAUGACUUCAAAUGGUUAAAGACAACUCCGAGUCCGAAUUGGACCACUCUAUCCGAAGCCCAGAGGCUCGACGAUGAAGUGUGGACGAAAGUUGUGCCGGGUAAACCAGGUUGCAGUGUGGAACAAAUACUGAACAAGGUUGGGAUUCCGCCAAAAUAG